AUGUUAUCCCCCGAGAAAAGUUAUGCUGAAAUGCAGGCCACCCUGCAGCAGGAAUUGGAAAGAAUCAAAUUAGAAGAGGAAGUUCUCAUACAAGAGCUUAAUAAUUGUUUAAGUCAAAAGGCAUUCCAUGGAGAUAAAAUUAAAGGCUUAGCCAAACUUAUUCCAACUUUAAAAGUUAUAAAACAAGAAGCUAAAGAAUUAGUGGGUACGAUUAAUGAUAUAUCAAAUUCUUCAGAGAAAAUAAGUGGGAAAAUUAGGUCGCUGGAUAUGGCAAGAAGUAAUGUAGAAGAGUGUCAACAUCGUGUAAGUGACCUGAUUGACUUGGAAAUAUGCUCACAAGGUGUACAGGCAGCAAUUCUAGACUCUGAUUACGAAAAAGGUGCUGCACAUGUCCACAGAUUUUUAUCCAUGGACCAAUCCCUACUAAAACGAACAGCGACUGAUAUGGAAAAUGUAACAAACAUGAUGAAAUCUGUCAGAACGCUACAGGAUGCUGCUGGUCAGCUUAGAGCAAUAGUGGAACAUAAAUUUAAUGAGGCAGUUAAAACUGAAGAUUUGGUGUCAAUAGAGAGGUUCUUUAAAAUAUUUCCCUUGCUGGGGGUUCAUGAAGAAGGCAUUAAAGAGUUUUGUACUUAUUUAAGAUCGAAACUUGCUGAUGCAGCAGAUAAAAAUCUUAAAUCAGCCAUAAGCACACCUUUGGCAGAUAAAAGACACAGCAUAGUUUACGCUGAUACGUUAACUUUGUUAUUUGAAGGUCUAGCCAGGAUAAUAGAUACCCAUCAACCAUUACUGGAAACCUAUUAUGGUCCGGGUCGCCUUUUAUCAGCAAUAACUAUUUUACAGAAAGAAUGUGAUACUCAAACUAAAAGGAUUUUAAAUGAAUGGUCCAAAAACAGACAAAUCGGCAAGAAAACGCAGUUAAUUUCCGAUGUAUCGCGAAUGUCAAACAGUUCAAGUUUUAGUAAAAUCGAAAAAAUUGAUCCCAAGGAUUUGGAUAUUUUGAUUGGGGAAGUUACACUUAUGCAUUAUCGAAGCGAGCUUUAUAUUAGGUUUAUCCAAAGAAAAGUUAAUUCUGACAUGGAAGUGGGUGUUCCUGAUCAAGAAGCCAAAACCUUGAUGACAAAAAAUCUGGAACAGCUGAUAAAAAACAGCGAUCUAAGCCAAUCAAAGCAUGAAUUUCUGUCGCACUACUUGAGAUUGGAGCAAUAUUUUAUGGAAGAAUCCGUUGCCAAGGCGGUUAAUAUGGAUACGCUAGAAGCUCCGCAACAAACCUCAAGCAUGGUGGACGAUACUUUCUUCAUUGUCAGAAAAUGCAUAAGGCGUUCGGUAUCAACAGGUAGUCUGGACGGUAUUUGCGUGAUUAUAAAUAACGCUUGCAGAGUUCUCGAGAAUGAUUUCUGCGAUAUUUUGAGAGGGCGUUUAAAACAAGGUUAUCCUUCAGGAUAUUUGGAUCUUACUCAAGCUUACAAUGUCUUGCAGUCUUCUAUUCAACAGGGCAGACUUCAAUCCGGAGACACUGAGCAAUCCAGGACUGCAUUUAUAGUAGCUUUAAAUAACGCUGAUGCCGCUAUUGAGUACGUGGAUACUUUAUGCGAUAGCGUCAUAAAGGAAAUUGAUCAGGCCUUGCCCAAAAUGAAUGCAAACGAAAGGGGCAAACUUGAGAGUUGCCUCUCAGGUUUAUCGUCGGUCACGACAAACUUACGUGAAGUAAUAGAAUAUGGCAUGCAGCAACUGAGGGCCAGUGCCAUCAAACCUAGAAUCAACCCUUGGGUAGAUACAUUCCUUAACGUCAACCACCAAAUGACUGAGGAUGAAAUGUCUGCUUAUGAAGCAGGAGAACCGUUUGUGCAAACUUUAAUAAUGAAUUUGGACACGCUACUUCAAUCAUUUAAAGAAGUUUUAUCGUCCUCAAACUAUGAUGCUUUUACUGCUGUUUUAACAGCUGAAGUCACACAAAGAUUUGAGAAAGUUCUCUUAAAAUCAACAUUUAAUAGGAUGGGUGGUUUAAUUCUGGACAAAGAGGUGCGUUCAUUGGCUGGAUACAUAACAACCACAACUUCAUGGUCUGUAAGAGAUAAGUUUGCAAGACUGACGCAAAUAGCGACAGUGUUGAAUUUGGAACAAGUCAGUGAAAUUAAUGAUUAUUGGGGCAAUCACGAUGGUGCACUUACAUGGAGACUUACACCUUCUGAACUUAGGAGUAUUAUGUCUCUAAGGACCGAUUUUAAAAUUGAAGACAUACGAAGAAUUAAGUUGUAG